AUGGGGCGCUUUAGCUGGUUAACGGAGGGUUCGAGUAGCUCUGACCAGCUGGCUACUCGAAGCUCUGCUAGGGUAGUCAGUAAGGACGAAGAAGAUGUGAGUUCUCAUACCAGUCGAGAUAUAAGCUAUGGAAUACCGAGCAGAUGCUACUGCGGUUUGUUAACUCCGCUGAAAAUGAUGGACCAUACGGACGAGCAUCCAGGGCGGAUGUUUUUUGGAUGCAAGAAUUAUAAGCUUGGUUUCCCACAUCUUAUGAAAUGGUGGGACGAGGCUAUGAUGGAGGAGUUUCUACAACUCAAAUGGGCCGUCGACAACCCUCGUUUUGGCUUUCGCCAACCUGAAUCUGAAGAACGCGAAACCUUGCUUCGGACUGAGGCAGAGUUAACUGAUGUGAAGAACCAAGUUCUGAAGAUGAAGCGUUUAAGAAGAGUCGAGGUGACGACGGCGGUUACUCUAUUCGGGUUGAAACACUUAAUUUGGUUGUGCGUAUUGCAAAUCAUCGUAUUCCUAAUCAGAGACCUCUUACGUAGAACUCCAAAUAGACCUCAUACAGGCGAUUUCGUUGUCUCCGCCGAAUACACAACCGCCGUCUCCGCCGAUUACACAACCCGCUGUCUCCGCCGAUUACACAACCCGCUGUCUCCGCCGCUUACAGAACCCGCUGCCGCCGGUUUCCAGAUCUUCGUUGGCGUUAGGCGUUGGGAUUUCGCGAACAACAGGAUGUCAAAGCCGACAUUCCCCAGGAGAUUCUACACCAAAGGAGGCGAUCCGGACGCAGGGAAAAGCAUUUCCAGGUGUAGCAAGAACACCAAGCUCUUCGAUAGUCUCCGAAAGCUCCUCACCGACGACGAAUGGAAUGAAAUCAGUGACUCCAGGAUUGGUAUCUUCCUAAAGUUCCGUGACCUUCAAUUCGAGUGGGCUUCACGGAUUGCGCAUGCCAUGCUCUGUUUCCAGGUUGUAUGCAAGAAGAAGUAUGAGAUAUGGAGCGCUGUGGGGGCAAAUCCGAUAAGAUUCUCAUUGCACGAGUUCUCAGCCAUCACCGGCCUCAACUGCGAGUAUGUUGAGAACCUAGAGACACCUGAUGCUCCAGCAACGGAUGCCGUGUGCGAGUUCUGGGAGAGGUUGGGUGUCAACGUCGAGGUAGGGCCUAGCAUUGACCAGCUGGCUGAAGCUUGUGAGUGGGCAGGCGAGUGGCCAAGGGAGGAUAAGCUUAGAUUGGGCUACCUAGCCAUAUACGCAGGCUUCAUUCAAGCCCGUAGAUCCGCUGCCGAGACACCUGUCAAGCUAGCUAGGCUUGUGUUGGAUUUGGAGAAGUUUGAGGAAUACCCGUGGGGCCGAGUUUGUUUCUUGCAGCUCAUCAAGUCCAUUAAAGGAGUGGAUUUGGAGAAGUCGGGUUAUGUGCUGGAGGGUUUCAUCGAGGUUCUCCAAAUUUGGGCUUUUGAGAGCAUGCCGAAUUUUGCAGAGAAAUACGGUGCUCCUCUGCCAUCUAAACCAUCACCACCGCUCCUUGCGUACAAGGGUAUUCAAGGCAAAAGGUACAUCGCGGAGGCAAUGCUGAAGCAGGUUGUUUUUAAAAACUGUGAGCUAGUCGAUAGGGAAGAAGUUUAUCCACGCUGGGAUGAUGAUGUAGAAGAUUUGUACGUCGACAACCUCAUCAAGGCAAUCUACGGGGAGUUAGGUGGUCGGUGGAGGUGGAAGCCAAGCGACUGGGACGAGGAAGGUGUCUUGGUCUCCAAUCACCCGCGAGUGGACGUGAAGCCUCCAAUAAAAGUGGAGGCUAGUUUCACAGAUUCGAAGAAGAGACCUCGUCCUACUCCUCCAUCGAACUAUGAUGAUAUCGAGGAGACGAUGCAGAGGUUGAUUUCUGACUGCACCCGGACCUUGUCUGCUGAUCUGAAGGCAGGGUUCCAGAGUAUGACCGGCAACUAG